AUGAUGGUGGACGUACUCCUGAAACCAAGCAAGUACGGCAUUUCUAACGAUGAGUUGUUUGAGUACUUGAACAAAUGCAUGAUUAAUGGAGAGAAUGGUGAAGAUCAACAGGCCCAAAAAGAAUCUGAGCAGGAUAUUUCGACCAAGAUGGUGGACUUUCGUAAAUUGAUCGAAUUGGGAAGAAUUCUAGCCUCAAAAGACGUUGCAUCUUUAGACUCACUCUACAGGUGUCUUUCUACCAAUGUCUAUAUCAACCAUCUACAAACUACAGCUGAAUUUGCAACAAGAAGUUUUGAUUCACCUACUAGGUGCCCCUACUAUAUGCCAGAUUUAAGACUCCCCAUUAAAAACGUUCUCAUUCUAUUCAUUAACUAUUUCAAGAAAUUGGAGUCGCAUCUGACUAUCCAACAAACUACCGAUGAGUAUACUUCUCUUUGUGAAAAUAUGAGAAACUUAAUGCUACUCCUUAACGUUUCUAUGUUAAACAAACUGGUGGCCAUAUUUAAGACUCUUAAUCCAGAAAUCAGGUUGAAAAACGAAGCCCUUAUCGUUAACGUAUAA